CACUUUAUGCAAUGGUACAUCCAUGGUCAAUCCCGGAGACCUCUCCAGCGGCCUGCCCGUGUUUCUUCACUUGACCAUUACUUACACUGGUACUGAUGGUGUAACCUCCUGGAGCCAGAAACACGGAAGAGACGCUUGCUGCCAGCUCCGUACCAAGGAUAUGCUCACCUGCGAGAGAAAGUGUAAAGCAGAACUCUCUCCCCCUCCCUUCUUUGGUACAUGGACAGCUCAGAGAGGACAAAAUAAAACUCAGUUCAUUCUCUCUCACUGGACUGAAGCCUUUGUGUGUGGUCUUUUAAAGUGGAUUGUGUGUUCCGUUGUGGACCGUCCAGAAUGCACAGCCGGCCAACCUGGGGGCUGCCCAGUGGAGAGUGUGGGCUUAGCUGUGGGGGGGAGAAUGAGGUGCCAGUGUGAGGCUCCAGGACAGGCCACCGUGGAAACCCGAUGGCGUGUUCCAGCCUCCCCUGACACUGCCCUGGCUGGGGUCACCAGGCAUCACUCACUGGCCUUUUCUUGCCCCUCAGCCUUCUUGACGGCGCUGGCUAGCCUCUGCUCUCCUCCUGGACACUCUCUUCUCCCUGGGUGUUGGUGCCUCUGGCCUCUCCUGGUUCUCCUGCCUGCCUGCUCCUCCUUUGUCUCCUUUGCGGGAUCUGCGUUCAUCCACGGUCUACGUCCUAUGUAUGAGUGCGCUUCUAAGGACUUCCUUCUCUUCUCACUCAAUUCUUUCUUGAUCUCACCCUGCUCCCACCUCGAUGGCUUCUGCCUCCGUGUCCUCACCUCCACCAGGUGGCUGCAUCUCCCAUUCACCCCUAGCCCCAGCUGGUGCAGACCCCCGGUAGUAAACUGGUCAACUUGUUCCCAGAACACCUCUGUCCCUGUGCCUUUUGGAAUCCCUCGAGCGGGGGCCCAGCCCGGAUAAGGCCUUUCUUCCAUUUGGGGGCAGGCCCAGACUGGUCAUGCUUCUGGCUCUUCCUCUCCCCGCUGUGCCAGUCCCCUCCAGCUCCCUAGAGCAGAAGCCAGAGGGUGGGGAGCCCAGGAGAGCCUCUAAGCAGUGCUUGUCACCUGACCCUCCCCUGUGCUUCCUUCCCCCACCCCACCCGGGAUCCUUCCCUGAAUUACUUUACAACUCUUUUCUGUUCUCUUGUCUUGAUACAUGUCUCCCUGAGGAGAAGGCAAGCUCCUCUCAGGCAGGGACCUUGUUUGCCCUGUAGCCCCGGCACAGAGCCAAGCACUCAGGCAGUUGUGGUUGUUGACCUGAAAGUGGGAUUUUUGCUUGUCCCCCUUUUAUCCUUUUCAAGAAAGCCUAAGAGAGAAUUAAUUAUGGUUACCUACACAAGGUACACUACAUGACAUUUUUCUAAAUACCUGGAAAAUAAACUGAGCCAGGAUGCCCCAGAGGGAUCCAGGGUCCCCCAUCUUGAACCAGUAGGCUUCAUUCCUCACUGUUCUGGGAUGCCGACCUUGUGGGGUCAGCGACUGGUCAUCAGUGAGGCUGAGUUGUUUUUGUGGGCCGCAGAUGCCUUGCGCCCUCUGCUUAUGUUUCAGUCAGUAAUUAGUUAGAAAUUGGAUAGAGGCUUGAAAUGUGCGGAUUUGAUGAGAGGUGGUCGGCAUAUCAACUCCCCCUUUCUGAGCUGGACUGGAUUGGGACCUGGGAGCAUGUUCUUGGAGAAGUGGAAUUGUUGGGAGAGGGUGAGCAGAAGGCAAGUCUCUCAGAGCAUCGCUUCCGCAGAAAGCCACUUCUCCGGGCGUGCUGGUGGAGUUGCUUCUGAGACACGGAUCUUCACCCCCCAGCUAAACGAAGUCAGGGGGGUUUCCAGGCUUUGUUGAAAUGACGCCUACCUUACUGCCCUGACGGAUGGAUUAAAUCCGUGCCUAUCCUGAGGUCGGCAGGGGAACGAGAAACCACAGUUUGUCCUGGGCCCAGAGCUGGCCACAGAACUCCUCGCUGGGGCCGACCAGAGGGCGUCGCAAUGGUCCUGACCUCCCCUUUCAGGAUUCGAAGGCUCAGGCUAGGCCAACUCACUGACUUUGUGCGUCACUGGCUACAUCUUCCCCAUCUGAUGUUGGUGAAGCUGAUUUUUAAAAUCCAAAUUGAGUUCACAUUUUGUCCAUAUUAAAUAGCAUUUUGCAAGAUUUUGUCCAAAGGCUGUCCCUCCACAGCCUUGUGGGUUUGCUCAGUGUGCCAUCUCUGCCCAUCUGAGUCACUGAUUCCUUCAUUCAGAACGGGCCUGGGGGCAGAUCCCUAUGGCUCUCCCCUAGAGACUGUAGCUGGAGGCUGACAUCGGCCCUUUCAGCCUGUUCAUUAAGUGCAUCUUCAGUAACUGUUCUUAGGCGCUGUGGCCACUGCUGGUUCUGACUGGGCUCGGCAACCUUGCGCCUCUGCUUUCUGUGCUGUCCCCUGCCCUUAGCAAAGCUUUAAAAAAAGCCUUUGUUCUUAACUUGCAGUGAAAGACUCCCUUGUUCUGGCCUUGAACCUGAGGAGCAGCAUGGGGCCCACAUGCCAUACUGCCUGGGUGACCUUGGGCAAGUCAGCUCAACUCAUCUUCCCCUACAAUGAGGGUCCUGCAUCCUCAGGUCCUUGGGGUGCUGCGGCUCUUGGGUACGGCAGGGGCGUUUCCUCACUGAGCCCCCCCAGACUCAGGCAGACAGCUUGGACUUCAUUGGAAUCUGCACACUUAGGUUCUCACCUCAGGAGCCAGGGUCUUAACUUUGCCUUCCCUGAAUUGUUGGAAAUUGGCUCUUCCAGACGGAGGCCAGGGGACCUAGUACGCUCAAGCCCUUUGUGAUGUAGUCCCCUGAAGAACUGGUCUCCCCGGACCUCCCUGCUUUGGUUUGUGGAAUUCCACCAAAAGGCUCACCUUCGUUAUCGAUUUCACCCAGUAGGGCCCACCCUUCCGUUGCCAGGCCCUCUCUUUCACUUGAUCUCUUGUAGCAGUCUCCUAAUGAGGGGUAGGUCUUCCUCCCUCCUUCCAGUCUCUACCUUUCCCGUGUCGGCCCCUCCACAACUGCCAGUGACCUUUCUAAAGCAUGGGACUGACC